CGCUGCCGGGCGCCCAUAUCUCGGCCUUAGCUCCUCACUCGGGCCUGCCCUGCGCCCCAGAGCUUCUCCUGCGCCCCCAGGGCCUCUCUUGACCCCUUUCUCAGUGCCCAGGCCUCUCUCCGACCCCUCUCGACCCCAGUGGAUCUCCUCGCCCUUCUCAGCGACCAGGCCUCUCCUGCACCCCAGGGCCUCUCCCACCCUUCUUCUCCCUGGACCCCCAAAGCCUUUCCCUGGCGCCUUUCUCAGCCCCCUAAGGCGUCUCCUGCACCCCAGGGCCUCUCCUGAACCCCCUUGCAUCGCCCAGGCUUCUCCCUGUACCCCGAGGCCCUUCCUAACGUCGUCCCUUCGCCUGGCACCCCCUGAGCCCUUGGUCCCUUACCCUGGACUCCCACUUCCUGUACCCCUGCCCUCUGACCCCCCUUUUCCCUGCUCCCUUCCGGGACCCCGGGUCUUCCUCUAGGGUCUCUAUCCCAAAGGCCUUCCCUGCUCUGGCUCCCCAGGCCCCGGCUGGCCCACAAACCCUCCUGGCCUCCCACCCUGCGGUGCCCGGCUCCACUGCCUGUCCUCCCUGUCUCCAGCCUCAGUUCGUGCCCCCUGCAGCACCCCCUCUGCAUUUGCCUCCAGCCUUCCUGUCUUCCCCAGACCCCUCUCCCAGCGAUCUCUCUGCCGCUCCCCCCACCUCCUGGGCCCUGUCCGCCCCCCGUAGGGCUCAGAUGGGCCUGGUAUGCCGUGGUGUGGGUUCAGGACAGAGCCUCCCUCCGUGUUAGCUUGUAUUUGGCCUCACCUUUCUUAACCUCUGUGUUUUCUCUCUGCUUGUUUUUCUUUCCCAUUUCACCUGUUCUGCCUUCCGUGCCAUCCCUCUACUCUCUCAUCCCCCACUUUUGUCCUCAGCCCCACUCUGAACUUCUUGGAGAGGAGCAGGCGCUGGGGUCUCCUUGCUGUCCCCUUCCUCACCCCCUGCAUGUUGCCUGGGGUGCACCAGGACCCCCUGGGGCUGCUGGGGAGGAGGGCCGGGAGGCCCCCAGAGGAGGGGGGCCCUUGGGCCUGUGGGCGGCAUGGGUUCCCACUGCGUUCUCCACAUGUGUCCCACAGCACUAACCCUGUAGUGUUGUCCCUGGCUGCCUGCGAAUUAGCUUCCUGGGCCCACGAGGGCUUCCCACAGUGCACUCAGCGGCGCCCUGGAGGCUGUGCAGAGAUGGGGGAGGUGCUGGUCUGGGGAUUGUGUCUGCACGGCAGGGUCAGGGUUUGGAGGUGCCCUGCUGUCCUCAGUCACAUUUCUGUGGGUUUCGCCCACUGUCAGGAGAACUUGUUGAUCUCCCUGUGCAGCCCUGGGAACUCAGCUUGCCCCUGCCUUCCACGCUACAGAUGUGCACACUACAGGGCCUGCCUGAGUGCCGCACGGCUUCUGGGAGCCUCCUGGCCUGUGCCCAGCUGUGCCCAGCAGCUUCCUGCUGUCUGUCAGAGGCAGCAUGGUCCACAGAACAUCAUGGGGCCUGAAAGAGUGACAGCCCGAGAGCUGUGUGAGAACGAUGACCUGGCCACCAGCCUGGUCCUUGACCCCUACCUCGGCUUCCGCACCCAUAAGAUGAAUGUCAGCCCCGUGCCCACCCUGCGGCGACAGCAGCACCUGCGCUCAGCACUGGAGACCUUCCUAAGACAGCGGGACCUGGAGGCUGCAUACCGGGCCCUGACAGUGGGAGGCUGGAUGGCCCACUACUUCCAGAGCCGGGACCCACGGCAGGAGGCUGCCCUCAAGACCCAUGUGUUUCGUUACCUCCGUGCCUUCCUGCCUGAGAGCGGCUUCACCAUCCUGCCCUGUACCCGCUACUCCAUGGAGACCAACGGGGCCAAGAUUGUGUCCACCCGUGCUUGGAAGAAGAAUGAGAAGCUGGAGCUGCUGGUGGGCUGCAUCGCCGAGCUGCGGGAGGCCGACGAGGACCUGCUGCGAGCUGGCGAGAAUGACUUCAGCAUCAUGUACUCCACUCGCAAGCGCAGCGCGCAGCUGUGGCUAGGUCCUGCUGCCUUCAUCAACCACGACUGCAAACCGAAUUGCAAGUUUGUGCCUGCAGAUGGGAAUUCAGCCUGCGUGAAGGCACUGCGGGAUAUCGAGCCAGGGGACGAGGUGACGUGCUUCUAUGGCGAUGGCUUCUUCGGUGAGAAGAAUGAGCACUGUGAAUGCUACACCUGUGAGAGGAAGGGGGAAGGAGCCUUCCACCUGCAGCCCCGGGAGCCCGAGCAGCUGCCACAGUUCGCUGACAAGUACGCCUUCCGGGAGACCAAGCGGCGGCUCCAGCGAGGCCAGGAUGGCAGCUGGCAGAGCCUGCUGGACCCGCGGGCCUGCACCCACCUGUCCCCCCUGCGCUGGGACCCGUUCUGUGGUGAGCACAGCCCUGCCGGCACCCUCCCUGCAGUCUCCCUGCACUCUCCGGACUGGCACUGGGCCCGCCGAUAUGGGCUGCCUUACGUGGUGCGCGUGGACCUCAGCCGCCUGGCCCCAGCCCCGCCAGCCACCCCGGCCUCUUCUGGUGCCCUAGGCCCUGUCCCAGCUCCCAUCCCUGUCCCCAAGCAGGCCCUUGCCUUCGCCUCCUUCUCCCCGCCCAGGCGCCUGCGGCUCGUGGUGAGCCAUGGCUCCAUUGCCCUGGAUGUGAACACUGAGGAGUCGUGAGGGUGAUGGCGGGGUGGGGAGGGGUGGGGUGGGAUCUGCGCCGCCCCUCUGUGACUGCUGUCCCCUGAGCCACCCCACCCAGCAGGGGGCCCUGGCCCUUCUGUCCUUGCAGCCCCUCCCCUGCCUCAGGACUACAGGAGCCCCUCCCCUCAUCCUCCCUCCCAGGGAGCAAAGCCAUAAGAGGGUGGGGCCACGCCUUGGCAUCUCCCGAAGCCGGGCCUCAGGACGAGGUGGGACCCAGGGGUGGACCUCCAGGAUGGGAGUGGGUUUGCUCUGGCUCUGCAGCUGUCCGAGGUGGGGACAGGUGGGUGACGGGUGUUGGGGGUGUGCCCCCUUCACUGCCCUGCAGGUCUCAGGGAGGCCGGGCGCGACCUCAUCUUUCUAUGGUGCUAUCUCUGGUGCUACUGGGUUGUGGGGGGCUCCCUCCCCUCCCCACACCAGAAUGGGGUAUGUUGGGGGAUUGAAAGCACUUGAACUUUUUAUUUUAUUUUAUUAAAACCUUGUUAU